GUCAUAGUCGUGAUGGUCCACUGAUUAAUACUGCUAACCUACAAACUUUCGAAAUAUAUCAUCAUCGUCUACGAGAUGCGUGUUCAUUCCCCUGUUCUUCUCUAAACCAUAUCUGCCCCAGAUCGAAAUCAGUUUUAGGCAAAGACACGUCUCCCAUGCCUGCUGCUCCACGGUCAUGGAAGACGCUAUCUCCUGUCCUCGCAACACAAGAAUUGCCGUGGUCACCGGUGCGAACAGAGGUAUCGGCCUAGAGGUGUGCCGACAGCUGGCUGGCCAUGGCGUCACCGUCGUUUUGACGGCAAUGGACGAGGGGAUGGGCGUGGAAGCCGUCGAGAAGCUCAAAGGGCUGGCUCUCUCCGAUGUUCUUUUUCACCAGCUUGAUAUCACGGACCUUUCUAGCAUUGCUCGGUUAGCCAACUUCUUGAAUACCCAAUUCGGGAAGUUAGAUAUCCUGGUAAAUAAUGCCGCGGUUGGUGGGGUUGUGUUCUCUCAAGAUUCUGUUGAUGAUCUAGAACCAAGAGAGGAAAAGUUCAGUCUUAUGGAUAGGGAACAGAGGCUUGAAUGGUUAUGGCGAAACUGCCGGGAGACCUACGACGCUGCAAAGGAAGGCCUGCAGACAAACUACUACGGCACAAAGCAUGUGAUCGAAGCCUUGCUGCCUCUGCUGAAAGCCUCUGACGAUGGAAGAAUCGUUAAUGUCUCCUCCGACUUUGGGUUGCUAAGGCAUUUCACAAACGAGGAUCUGAAGCAAGAGCUGGAUGACGUCGGCAAGCUCACCGAGGCGAGGCUGGACGAGCUGCUGGACCUGUUCCUGAGAGACUUCAAGGCCGGCAGAGCAGAAGCGCGCGGGUGGCCAGUGGCGUUCACGGCGUACAAGGUGGGCAAGGCGGCCGUGAACGCCUACUCGAGGAUCCUAGCGGCGAAGCAUCCCGCGCUGCGCGUUAACUGCGUGCAUCCUGGCUACGUCAAGAGUGACAUAACCUUGCACUCGGGGCUCCUGGCGCCCGAGGAGGGCGCGAGGAAUGUGGUGAAGGUAGCGCUGCUGCCGGACGGCGGGGUGACCGGCGCUUUCUUUGAAGAGGGCAAGGAGCUGGCCUCCUUCGUGUGAUGUCUGGAUCGGCUUGGCUCCUCGCUGCUGCUGCUUGCCAUCGCGUGAGCUCACGGUCACGGUGCUCUCGGUAUUUUGCUUGUUUGAGAGUGUGGUGCAGGAUGCUAAACGAUCCUGGUAAUAGACUGAUUAUGUUUGUGAACGGGUUGUGGUGAUGACCUGAAUACCUACCUGAUGAUGUAUGUCAUUUAAUUUUUGGCUUUGUUU